AUGGCAGGUAAGCUACUUUUGUAGCCAGGAAAUGGUCCCCAUACCACUCACUCGUUGCUGUGUGGCCUGAAUGCAAGUUUAACUUGGCUAGCUAGCGUUUACUGACAACACAUAAUUUGACUCUAAAUCGGUUGGUGAACUGGCGCUAAUGAUUCCAAUAUUGUUGUUAUGCAGGAGUUGUCGGUGGAAAUGAUUUUCAGUGGUGUUUCUCACAAGUGAAGGGGGCAAUAGAUGAAGAUGUUGCGGAAGGUGAGUAACUAGCUAAUGACAGCUUGCUAACUAGCUAAGUUAGGUAGGUAGCUGACCGUUAAGUGUUUGAGCUAAAAUGUGAUACUGAGGCGCUAACUUAUUCUUCCACCAACGACGCCUUUGACUGACAAUUUUUUCAAGAACAAAGAAGUGAUGACACUGUGCAUGUAUAUGAGCAGCACUCCUGGGCAACGCGGAGUUUGUUUUUCUAACUAGCUAGCUAACGUUAGCUAGCUUCUCUUGCUUACAGUCGGCUAACGUUAUAACUACCCAAACAACUGUCCCCAGUAACUUAUGUCCCGCACAUGUAUGUAACAUGUAAUACGAAUUAGGCAGUCAGAGUACGUCUUAAAUAUUGUAAUUUAUGUAGGCUAGUAAGAUAAACGUACUGUCGUAAACUAACGAGUCAUCUUGCUAGCGUAGUUAUUAAGCUAGCUAGUGGGAGCGAUUUGUCAAUGACGUCAAAGGUCUGCGUCGGGAACAUGGCAGUAUACGUUUGUUUCUGUUUUUCUUGUUGAAAUUCUAUAAAUUUUGAAGGAUACAAAUUCAAAUGUGUUACAAAAAUCUAUACAUCCUUCUUAAAAAUGGUAACACAACAUCACCAACAGAUAAACACAAAAACAGAAACACAUACAGGGUUUUUACAUUAAAACAAAUUUAAAUAGCUUAGGGUAUCAAUUGAUUUCAUUGCCUUCAUAUUGUUACAGAGCAUAAGAUUCAAUGUGGUAAAGUAAUUAUUUAAAUCUACCAUGAAAAAUAUUGAAUAGGAUGUUUUUUUAUUUUAAAAAUACAUUUUAUGGGAUGUAAUAUUUAGCAAUAAUUAUAAUCAAAUUAAUCACAUAUUUUUUGUUACUGGAGAAUCUUGGAUUAUCAAAAAACAAAAAGAACCUCACAAGCUUGCAGAUGAUGUCCCUACCAAAUAUUUUACCCAAGCCCAGCCGAAGAUCCACCCAGAACAUAGUCACAUACACACAUUGGAAAUACAAAUGCCCAAGUGAUUCUGGCCCAGAUUGACAAAAUGUACAUUUCUCAUAAAUAGUUAUAAUAUAUUUACAAAUACUUUCGUUGGACGGGUAAUAUCUGAGUUGUUUUAAAGAGUGUUUCCCUCACUUUGUUUGUGAGCACAUAUCUGUAUGAUAAACUACUGGUGUAUGAAAAAAAUAAUGUAUGCACUCACUAACUGUAAGUCGCUCUGGAUAAGAGCGUCUGCUAAAUGACUAAAAUGUAAAUGCAAAUGGUGCUUUCAUGACAACUGUGAACUCGAACAAAAAAAACAAAGUCAAAUCAUGAAGUCCGUGAUCUUCAGGUCGGAAAGUCUGGGCUCUAAAAAAGAUGCCAGAGUUUCCGACUUGGCAUUCUGAGUUGGAUGACCAUUCAAAAUGAUUUUCCCAGUCGGAGCUAGUUUUUUUCCCUGAGUUCCCUGUUGUCUUGAACGCACUGAAGUCGGAAGUCUGAGAUUUCAGAGUUCCCAGUUGUUUUGAACGCGGCAUACAUUCUGAUGCAGUAGGGAGGGAGUCAUUUGUGUGUUUGAUUCUUUCAAAGUCAUUUUCCUGGGUUGACUGAUAUAGCAACUAUUUUCAGGGAUGCAGAGGUAGAAAUGCACAAGCUGCUCUGUCGACUACAUUGCAUAGUGUGCACCCGUGAAAGUUGCACCAUGAUUGUUUUUUUUACCAGGUGUUGUCCUUUUGCUGACGUGUAUCUAUUGUAUAAGGACAACCCUUAUACACUUAAUCAUGCUCCAGAAUGUCCUCCUUUCAGCUGAUAUAAUCUCAACGGUUGAAUUCAACCAUUCUGGAGAGUUUCUAGCAACUGGAGACAAGGGAGGCAGAGUUGUCAUAUUUCAACAUGAACAGGAGGUGAAUUUUAUAAUUACCAACUACAUUUAUUUUCAUAAACAGUAGCUAAGUUUCCAUCCAAUUGGCGACAUAUUUUCAUGUAAAUAUUCUAAAUCCGCAUUUUCCCACCAGAGAUUCCAUCAAAUUGACUUGUUGCGGAUAAAAGGCUGUGCGUGAUGACAGUGCACAUAAAAAUUACUUUUGCGGUUAAAUUCCCAUGCACCGGUUUCCAACCCAUUUUCAACUCUAGUGAUGGUUUUGUCACAAAAAAUUGUGCGUUAUAGCGAAUGUGCCCACUCUGGUAUUGGCACGUACGCUCUACUGCUUGCAGAUACCAUGCGGGAUAGCCUAGGCUAUAUGAUGAGAAUAUUAUGAAAAGAGCAAGAUUAUUUUUAUUUGUCAAACAGCAGACUUAUUGGAAAGUAGCAUCAAGCUCAUCACCUUUUACUUUCACCACCCUGUAAAGUUAAUCAUAACUUAUUUCAUCUGCAGCCUAAUAAACUGCAUGCUUUUCUGAGUCGUACUUGGAGGACCACACAUGUCAUUGCGUGACUCCCAAGUCUACUUCGAUAUGAUGGUUACUAUAUUAGUAUUUUCGCAUGAAAGCGUUUCCACCGCCUUUUCUCACAUAAUACAUUUUACCGACACAAAGAUCCCACCUUGUCUAGCGUAUUUUGUUUUGUCGACAUUUGGAAAAUUGACCGCUAAAUUUGCUGUUUCCGUCAGACCUGUAAUUAUGUUAUUUUUUUAUCCGUCGUGCUUUACUCGCAUAAAAAGGUUGGAUGGAAACCUGGUUACUGACAUACAGUUUGGCGUCAGCUAUGAUAGGUUGUUAUGGAAAGAAAUGCACAGGAUGAAAUUCUAAACAUAAAACAUGUUUAAUAUCCAAGUUUGACACGCAGUGCACAUCUACUUUUCUCUUUCAGUGUAAAAAUCGGCCACACCUGCGAGGAGAAUACAACGUCUAUAGCACAUUUCAGAGUCACGAACCUGAAUUUGACUACUUGAAAAGUUUAGAAAUUGAGGAAAAAAUUAACAAAAUAAGAUGGUUACCCCAACAAAACUCGGCUCACUUUCUGCUAUCAACAAAUGGUAAGAAAAUUUUUGCUUGAACCUACUAAGCUUUUUGUUAGGUUAUCUUCAGCCUCAACAUACACAUUUUUGUUUUGUACAGAUAAAACGAUCAAAUUGUGGAAAAUCAGUGAACGAGACAAGCGGGCUGAGGGUUACAACUUGAAAGAUGAAGAUGGACGUCUCAGGGAUCCCUUUAGAAUUACCUCCCUGCGGGUUGGUUUAAUGUUGCUUUACCUUUUAAGAUUUCAGCAAACACUAUACAAUAACAAACACACUCAACAUGCUUAUCGCUUCCACCUCUAAAUCUGUCCUGUGUUUAUAGGUACCAGUGCUGAUGCCCAUGGAUCUCAUGGUAGAAGCAAGUUCUCGGAGGGUGUUUGCCAACGCUCACACGUAUCAUAUUAAUUCAAUUUCUGUAAAUAGCGAUCAUCAAACGUACAUCUCCGCUGAUGACCUAAGAAUUAACCUAUGGCACUUGGAAAUCACUGACAGAAGCUUUAGUAUCCUUUGUCUGAAAAGUUAGCAGUCCUGAAGUCUUCAGCGUCAUGACUUUUAGAUGCAAAUGUUUGCUUUGUCCGAACUACCCUGUUAGCCUAUAUGAGCCUUUAGACUCAUUUCAGUUAAUUUCCUUAACAGUGUGUUCUCAGACAUUGUAGACAUCAAGCCUGCUAACAUGGAGGAACUGACAGAGGUGAUCACAGCUGCUGAGUGCCAGCCAAACCAAUGCAAUGUAUUUGUGUACAGCAGUAGCAAAGGCACCAUACGCCUCUGUGACAUGCGAGCAGCAGCACUCUGCGAUAGGCACACUAAGUGUGAGUAUCCAUAGAGGCUUAUUCUCUGCAUUCUAAAGGAUGUUCAUUCACAGAUAAAUGAGCUUAGAUUUUCUGUCAUUUUGAGUAUCUCUCUCCAUGUUUGUGAUUUUAGUCUUUGAGGAGCCUGAGGAUCCAAGCAGCAGGUCGUUCUUCUCUGAGAUCAUCUCGUCCAUCUCUGACGUGAAGUUCAGUCACAGCGGGCGCUACAUGAUGACACGGGACUACCUCUCCGUCAAGGUGUGGGACCUCAACAUGGAGAACAGGCCAGUCGAGACAUAUCAGGUACUAGGGCUGGGAAGUGUCAGGGACCUCACGAUACAAUAUCACAAUACUUAGGUGCUGAUACGAUAUGUAUUGCAGUUCUCACGAUUCUAUAUGUAUUGCGAUUCGAUGUUCUGCUGCAUAGAGACGAGAGAGCCAUGAAAAAAUUAGUUUUGGUCAGUGAUGGUGCAAAACUGCAAAAAAAUGUAUUCCCUAUUUAAAAAUAAGAUGAAGAACAGGCUAUGAAGGAAAGAUACUGGAGUUUUGGUGCAGGUACAGCCAACUAGCGCAAAAAUAAAGUUGCGAUAUUUUCGAUACGAUAUUAGAUAUUGUCAACAAAAAAAUAUCACGAUAUGUAACUAUUCAUUUUUUGCCCAAUCACUAUCAGGUACCUACCUUGCUCUUCUUAGUGAUAACACUACAACUAACAUCAUUUUCAGUGUGGUCUGCUUACCCACAAUUAUCAAGUUAGGUGUAUAGAAAUAGUUGGAAAGAUGCAAUUAUUUUCCUUUUACACUAAUCAAUGUUCUCCCGUCCAGGUUCACGAAUACCUUCGCAGCAAGCUCUGCUCAUUGUAUGAAAAUGACUGCAUCUUCGACAAGUUUGAGUGCUGCUGGAACGGUAGCGACAGGUAAGAAACCCUUUCUCUGUUUAAGGCAAUCUGCAACUACUAUGUUGUUCUUUGUAAGUUUAAUUAUAAAUGAUCCACUGUUUCUUUCAUUUCUCAGUGCCAUCAUGACUGGCUCCUACAACAACUUCUUCCGGAUGUUUGACCGCAACACCAGGAAGGACAUUACACUGGAGGCCUCCAGGGAGAGCAGCAAACCGCGUGGCACACUCAAACCCCGCAAAGUCUCCACCGGUGGCAAGAGGAAGAAAGACGAAAUCAGCGUGGACAGCCUGGACUUCAACAAGAAGAUCCUGCACACCGCCUGGCACCCCAAAGAAAAUGUAAUCGCUGUGGCGGCCACCAACAACCUGUACAUUUUCCAGGAUAAGAUCAACUAAAAAAAGAAUUGGGCUCCAUCCUGAGGACAAGGCUUUACUGUUCCUGCGUAGUUAAGCCUAGUGGUUUAUCUGUAACAGAAACUAACAGCCCUAUCGUCCUCCUGGUGAAGUUGAAGGCACUUUUCUCCUUUUGUUGCUGCAGGAGGUUGAUUGGUCUGCCUGUUUUAUUUUGAGUCGGAGGUUGAUUUUGCCUUGGGUGAAUCGGUGCCAGGGCAUUGAUCGGACCCUGAGAGCCCACCUUACGUUGAAUGAGUGGAACGGCACUCCCAAGAGGUCAAACUCUUGAACAUUGGUGUUUGUGUUGACAUUUUCAGCCUUCAUUUCAUAAUCUAACAACCAAACUAUGGAAAGCCCUGAAAAUGACCCCUUGUCAUUGUUAUAACACCCCCUUUUGGGCCUUUCUGAAACAUGAUAUUUUGUGGGUUUUAGGCCUACCUGUUAACAUUCCCCCAUUGACCAUGCAUUCAGGCCAAAGCACUUGCAACAGGUCGUGAAUUUGGAAAGUGGACCUUUUCUCCACCCACUCCCUCCUAUCCCCAAUUUAUCCCCCAGACAUGGUAAUCUCACUGACUGUAUCUAUUCAAGUACACCUUUAUGGUGUCAUCCACUUAAUAAAAGUAACUAAAACUACAGCUAUGUGUUUUAAUAUUUAAAACUGUAUUAAAUCAUGUUCUUAAUUGCUUUGCAUGUUUUUAUGUUGUAGAGGUGGGGAAAGAAUUUGUUACACUGCGGUCUUUUGAGUAGUUCUCUCAAGCUAUCUCCAAAGGAACUACUCUGAAGUUUUAGAACCACCAUUUGAGACAGAUCAUGUGCAAGUGUAGAGAUAUUUAUUUCAGUGUUGUUCUCAUUUAAGAUACAGGCUGGAAACUUCAUGGGAGGAGACGCAAGACAAAGGGAAUCUGCAGCCUUAAUACCUACGUCUAUCAAUGACAGCUACUGGUUAUGUCCCCAAAUGUUUUACAAACCUUAUGUGCAUUAUUUUUAAAUUCUAUUUUAUAGAUUUCUCAUUACUGCUGCUAUUUGUGGCUGUCUGUGAAAACACCAGGUAAAUAAUUAGCCAGAGGAAGAGUACUGCACACCAUACAGACCUAUUGAUAUACAGAGUGCCUCCGAAACAUGGAAAGUUGAUGGUUAUUCGUGUAGUAAGAGGACAUUCAGACAAGCCUCUUACAUGUGCCCUUAAAUCAUUUAGUGGGAUGCCACUAAAAUCAAAACUGCAUACUUUGUUUUCCAAGUAAUCAAUGCAAAAAUGAAGGUUGAAUCGACAAACGUACUGAUUACAUUCAAAACAGGAACACUGGUAAUAAAGCAUUUCUCUAUUGAAUCAUUCUUAACAUGGUGGCAAUGUAUUCGCUUGUUUAUGUUGACCAAAGUUAAAUAAAAUCGAAUCAUGUUCAUCUGUAUUAUGCCUCCAUUCAUUUAAAAAUAUAAAAUGAGUCCGAUGGCAUACUGUAGAUGUCUAUUCAGUAAGUUGCAGUGUUCAAAGAAAAUGAGGGAAUUGAUUUCAAAUGCGGUAGGUAGCCUAGCGGUUAA